AUGGAUGUCCAGGCACAACCCGUACUGCCGGCUAAACUGCUUGGGUCCCACCCCAACACCCCGUCGGCACCUGCGGUUUUCCAAGACUCUACCCCGGAGGAACUUCUAUUUCCACCACCCUAUCAUAACCCUUGUAGUAACCCUCCCCAACUCCUGCGGUCGGCUGACCACCCUCCCCCAGAGGCGGGCGGGGCUCGUGGGCAGGGUCCGGCGGCAGGCACCCGCUCAGUGAAGGCGAAUUCCCCGGAUUCCACCGUCCUGCCCCUGCGUGUGGCAGGAUUGCCUAAUGAGCAGGGCAACCAGCCCAUGCACUACUGGCCGUUUGCGACCAGUGACCUCUACAACUGGAGAGCACAAAAUGCACGUUUCUCUGACAACCCUAAAGACCUUGUUAAUCUCCUAGACACUGUUCUAUUUACUCAUCAGCCCACCUGGGAUGAUUGCCAACAGCUCUUGCAGGUCCUCUUCACCACUGAGGAGCGAGAUCGUAUACUGACGGCCGCCAGGAAAUUAGUCCCUGGAGAAGAUGGCACACCCACCACAAACGCGGCCCGCAUAGAUUUAGUGUUUCCCUUGACCCGACCUGACUGGGAUUUUAACCAGGCUGAAGGUAAGGAGAGACUCCGGGUGUACCGCCAGACUCUAAUGGCAGGGUUGCGUGCAGCAGCCCGCAAGCCCACCAAUUUGGCCAAGGUAGGGGAUGUGCAGCAGGGAAGGGAGGAGACCCCCGCGGCUUUUCUAGAACGCCUCAUGGAAGCUUUUCGGCAAUAUACUCCUAUGGAUCCGGAGGCAACGGAGAACAGGGCCGCGGUGGUGGCAGAAAAGGUGUACAAUCGCCGUGAAACUCCUGAGCAAAGAGAAGACCGCAUCCGCCAGGAAGAACGGAAGGGCUCGACCCUCCCCGAGCCCCGGCUAACCUUAAAAGUGGAGGGGAGACCCGUUAAUUUCCUUGUGGACACGGGGGCACAGCAUUCAGUCCUCACGGAACCCUUGGGUAAACUUUCCGGUAAAACUUCGUGGGUGCAAGGGGCUACGGGAUGCAAGCAGUAUCCCUGGACCACGAAAAGAUCUGUAGACCUGGGAAAAGGUCAGGUCUCGCACACCUUCGUUGUAAUUCCUGAAUGCCCGUACCCAUUAAUUGGAAGAGACCUUUUAACCAAGGUAGGAGCGCAAAUCUCAUUUGGACAGGAAGGUGUCGAAAUCAAGGACUUUAAGGGCUCUCCCCUACACGUCCUCACGAUUUCCCUUCAAGAUGAGUACCGCCUUUUGGUGGCGCCAGAUCACCCACCCCUUUCUGGGUGGUGGAUGGAAUCUUUCUCGAAUGUUUGGGCAGAAAACGGGGGCGUUGGCCUGGCGUCCCACAGACCACCCAUUAUAGUCCAGCUAAAGCCUGGGGCUGAACCCAUUCGGGUAAAACAGUACCCUAUGCCUGCAGAAGCCAAGACAGGAAUAACGCCUCAUAUUCGGAGGCUAUUGGACAGUGGUAUCCUUAAAACAUGCCAUUCGUCAUGGAACCCUUUGUUACCGGUGCGAAAACCACACUCGCAAGACUUCAGGCCGGUACAGGACCUCAGAGAAGUAAAUAAACGGGUCAUAGAUAUCCACCCCACAGUCCCAAACCCUUAUACCUUGCUGAGUGCCUUGCCACCUACUCAUGUGUGGUACACAGUAUUGGACUUAAAAGAUGCCUUCUUUAGUCUACCACUAGCACCCCAAAGCCAGGAAAUGUUUGCCUUUGAAUGGCAGGAUGCGGAACGGGGCAUCAGUGGACAAUUAACUUGGACAAGGUUGCCUCAAGGGUUUAAAAACUCUCCCACCCUUUUUGACGAGGCCCUUCAUGAGGAUUUAAGAAAAUUCCGCAGCCGAUUUCCCGAACUAACUUUGCUCCAGUAUGUUGAUGAUCUGUUACUUGCAGCGGAAAGUGAGCAUGCCUGCCGAACAGGAACAGCCGAAUUACUGACGGAACUGGGCCAGAUGGGAUACCGCGUCUCCGCAAAAAAGGCACAAAUUUGCCUGCCCGAGGUAAUCUAUCUGGGCUACCGCCUCAAAAACGGUUAUAGGUGGCUGACGGAAGCCAGAAAAGCUACUGUCUUACAGUUGCCGACACCCACCACCAAAAGGGAGGUACGUGAGUCUGGAUCUGCUGGGUUUUGCCGGCUAUGGAUACCUGGAUUCGCAGACCUGGCCCAACCCUUGUAUGAGGCUACCCGGGAAAAAGUAACUUUUCAGUGGACUCCCCAGAUGCAGCAGUCUUUUGAGUCCUUAAAGAGGGCUUUACUGUCUGCACCAGCCCUGGGUCUUCCGGACAUUACAAAGCCUUUCCAUUUGUUCGUAGAUGAGGCAAAGGGCAUAGCUAAAGGGGUGCUCACUCAGUCCUUGGGCCCCUGGAGGCGUCCUGUGGCUUAUCUGUCUAAAAAGUUAGACCCGGUGGCGUCCGGCUGGCCACCGUGCUUACGCAUGGUGGCAGCGGCUGCCCUCCUUUUCAAGGACUCCCAAAAACUGUCUCUGGGACAAGUUACUUCCAUAACCACCCCCCAUGCGGUGGAAGGAGUCCUCAGGCAGCCGCCAGAGAGGUGGAUGAGUAAUGCCCGAAUCACGCAUUACCAAAGCCUAUUGCUCAACCCAGAGAGGGUCAAUUUUUCGCCACCCACGGGGCUAAACCCCGCCUCCCUCCUACCUGCCCCUGACCUGGAGGCCCAUCUAGACUGUGUUGAUAUCUUGGCCCAGGUCCAAGGGUUACGCCCUGAUCUGCGAGAUAACCCUCUGCCGGACGGACUGGUUUGGUUUACGGAUGGGAGCAGUUUUAUCCACGAGGGCCGAAGAGCGGCAGGGGCGGCAGUGGUGUCCAUGCAGGAAGUCAUAUGGGCUGAGCCUUUGCCAUCCGGGACGUCCGCUCAAAAGGCUGAACUAAUUGCCCUAACCAAAGCUCUCACCUUGGCUCGAGGGAAAAAUUUAACUGUGUAUACUGACAGCAGAUAUGCAUUUGCCACGGCCCACGUACACGGGGCCAUAUAUCGAGAGCGCGGGCUCUUAACCUCCGACGGCAAAGGCAUUAAAAACGCUCAAAAAAUUAUGGAUCUCCUGGCAGCGCUGUGGCUACCACGUAAGCUGGCUAUAGUACAUCAUCCAGGUCAUCAAAAGGACUCCUCGACUCCAACUCAAGGUAAUAAGCGGGCGGAUGAGGCAGCACGCCAAGCUGCCCUAAUGCCGGUAGAUGCCCUGACAGUAAAACUCCCAGACCCAGGGGACCCGCAGCUGCCGGAAGACCCAGAGUAUAGUGCUAUGGACUUUGACUACAUACAGUCUCUACCGGGUGCUUUUUCUUUGGGACACUGGUGGUACACCCAAGAAACUAAGGCCAUCUUGCCAGCACACUUGGCCACUGAUCUCAUUCAGCGCUUGCACCGAGCCACGCAUUUGGGAGAGAGAAAAAUUCUAACUCUAAUCAGGCAAUGGAACCUCCAUGUCCGGGACGCAACCUGUACCGUGCGACAAGUAGUGGCAUCCUGCCAGUCGUGUGCCAUGGUAAACGCCACCAAGACAACCGGUGAACCAGGAAUGAGGCCGCGAGGAACGCGCCCGGGGGUCCAUUGGGAAAUAGACUUCACCGAGGUAAGACCAGGUAAAUUUGGCUAUCGAUACCUGCUGGUCCUGGUGGACACGUUUUCCGGAUGGCCGGAGGCGUUCCCGACAAGAGGUGAGUCAGCUCGAGUGGUAGCCAAAAUCCUGUUGGAAAACAUUUUUCCUAGAUUUGGGUUUCCAGUGACCAUUGGGUCAGACAAUGGACCAGCCUUUGUCUCUCAGGUAUCGAAAUCUGUGGCUUCUGCCCUGGGAGCAGAGUGGAAGCUCCAUUGUGCCUAUCGGCCCCAGAGUUCAGGGCAGGUGGAGAGAAUGAACAGAACUUUAAAAGAAACUUUAACUAAAUUAACUUUAGAGUCUGGCGGGGACUGGGUGACUCUCCUUCCCUAUGCCCUCUUCCGGGCUCGCAAUUCCCCUUAUCGUCUGGGUCUGUCUCCGUUCGAGAUUAUCUAUGGAACCGCCCCCCCAACCACACCGCACGGUGCGCAGUUAGCUUGUGAUUUGCCUUCUGAUUGUGAACUUUUUCUUUCUGUGUGGGCUGUACAGCAGGCUCACCAGGAGGUCUGGCCCCGCCUCAGAGCGCUCUAUGAAGGGGGAGGACCUUCUCAGACAGCCCACAAAUUUCAGCCUGGAGAUCUUGUCCUUGUCCGCCGACACAAGACCGACGGUCGUGGCCUCCAGCCCCGGUGGAAGGGUCCCUACAUCGUCCUCCUGACCACACCCACCGCACUCAAAGUGGACGGCAUCGCGGCCUGGGUUCAUCACUCACACGUCAAGACGGCACCAACUGACGACUCCCAGCUGCAGUGGCGAGCCCGGAAGCAUCCCACCAAUCCACUCAAGCUGACUCUUCAGGCGCUCCCGGCUACAACCCAUCGCUCCCAGACCACUGCCCACGCCAUGAAAAAUGACACCAAACUGUAAUGUUGGCUACCUACUGUCCUUCCUUUGUUUUCUCCUUGUCGGGGCUGACUGGGAUCCCUGCCGACGGUGCAUCACCGAAGGCAUAUUCGGUCAUAUUCAGAGCAAGUGCUAUGUUAGUAAGCGUGCUUGCAGCCUUAAGGGAGUUCCUUUGUUUGUGGCGACCCUGAUUAAGGGCACCACCCAUGGAUGUCCAGGUACAGUGGGGAGGGUGGUCUGUUGGAAGCGUUUAAAUCAAAUGCCGCCUAAAAAUGAAAGUUGCAAUCACUGUAAAGAGGGGGGGAGUUUUUCAGCCUAUACCUUUGUUCAUUCACAGUGCUAUGAAAGGUCUACUGUUUAUCAGUGCACAGAGUCCAAUCGAACUUUCUGGACUGGUAUAUCCUUAGGAAAUAACGCGGGAUAUGUAUGCCCUGUCAAAGCAGGAAAACCCUUUUGUUGGACUCUGCAAACCCACUGGGGGAUGACAGAUGGUGGGGGUGUGCAAGACCACGCACGAAAGCAGGAAGUUCAGAGGGUUUUUGAACAAGUUGCCCAAACACAGGAUCGGUGGUUCAAGCCGAUACACAUCCCAGGCCCGGUGGGUUCCCUUAAAUUGGAAAAGACAGUACAGGCCAUGUUAGACUCAGCCCUACAAUUUUUAAACAAGACCAACCCAACCCUGGCCAGCGAUUGCUGGUUAUGUCUAAGAGAAGGACCCCCCCGUUACACAGCGAUCCCUGCUGUGUACAACUGGAUUAAUUGGACGAACCUAAAGGGCCCAACCCAUACGUGUAACCAGACCUUGCCCAUCAAUAAUGUCAAGCUCUCCCCAACAGUUGCUCAGAUGCCAUGCCUUAGUCACAAUGGGACCUUAAGAGUGGGUCAAGUAAAUAAGGUACUCUGCAGUUCAGUAGUCAGUGCAACUAAGGCGCCCAGUUUUAAUGGCUCUGCCUCUAUGUGCCCGCCGGCACUGGGCACUAUUUUCUUCUGUGGCACCACAGCCUACCCCGUACUCCCUGCUAACUGGUCGGGCUUGUGCAUUUUAACAUAUCUCAUGCCCGAUGUGGGAGUGGUCCCAGGCAACCAAAGCCUUCCCAUACAGCUCAUCCAGUCUGUGCCUGCCGGACAUAAGCGGGCCAUAAUUACCCCACUACUGCUCGGCCUGGGGGUGGCAGCCGGAGUGGGGACCGGAGUUGCUGGAAUUGGGACCUCUGUUAACCUUUACCAAAAAAUUUCAGCUCAGCUGGUGGGGGACAUUGGGCGGCUAGCAGAUACAACCUUAGAGUUACAGUCUCAGUUAGACUCUUUGGCCGCGGUGGUCCUGCAAAACCGCCGCGGGCUAGAUCUUCUCACAGCAAAGGAAGGAGGCAUCUGUCUCUACCUGCGGGAAGAAUGUUGCUUCUAUGCUAACAAGUCAGGAAUAGUUAGAAAUAAAAUUAAGCAAUUACAAGAGGAACUAGAACACCGGAGAAAAAAGCUAGAAGACAACAAUGCAUUUCUUUGGGAAGGCUUAGGAGGAUGGCUGCCCUAUCUCUUGCCUCUUCUGGGCCCAGUCGUUACCCUCUUCUUAAUUCUGUCUAUCGGGCCCUGUGUCAUUAAUCGACUCGUGGCCUUUAUUAAACAACGGGUAAACACGGUCCAGUUAAUGGUGCUGCGCUCCCAAUAUGCCCCCUUACGCCAAUAUAACUCUCCCCAACAACCCCUAAAACAGGACCCCUCCCAAUACAUAGGAGUGGAGCCCUGACUGUUUCCCCUCAUCGCCCACUUUCAGCAGGAAGCAGUUACUGAUCAGAACGACGCCCCUUUUCCCUGACUGCAGUUAGGGGCUCCAUUCCCAAAAAGGGAGGAAUGAGACAUAGGGCGAGUUAGGGUGAUUAAGCAAGUUUCAGGAACAGUACAAAAGAGGACCUCUAAGGAGUUUAGGAAGGCUUCAGGGAUAAAAACAACUAAAGAAACAUCUCUUGUUUAAGCAGAGUAAUUGUCAUUUGUGGCUGAGAACUUUUGCUGGACCUAUAACCCUGUGAAUGAACAACAAAAUGACACAUAAUGUGACUAAACGUAACCAUAAUUCUGAGACUGACUAACUGAUAAAAGGCUUGGUAGCUGUGUUAUUUUCUUAACUGACUAGCCGUUUUUUUUUUCAAAA